GGGCCCUUCGAAUUAUAGAGGACUGUAGCACUUCUUCUGGGCAUCUAGCCCCCAGACAGGAGGAGAGGAGCCGCAUUACCAGGACAAGAACCAUCACUGUGCAUAUCCACACACAUUUUGGGACCCCUAUCAACCUUCAACCAGAGAAACGAAGAGCGUACAUUUACUUUUUGAGGCACAAUGCCAUCUCUCUAAAGAUCUAAAAGACACAGAUUCAAACUUUCCCAGCCUUGGCUUGGGUCUUGAGUGUCUCUCCUGCAGCAGCUCACCGUGUGGGGCCCAGACCUGACUUUUGUCACUGUGGAGGCUGCCAGGCGGCAGCGUCCUCUGCCUGUGCGGAUGGCUUUCCAAGGAGCAUCUGCAGUGCUGGGAGGCCAUGCGGCCACGGACCAGGGAGCCUCCCUGUCUGCUUUCAUGGCACGGCCCUUCCCCCCACCCACUGCCGGCGCCUCCCACCGGCCACUCUGGGGGCAGCACCCGCCGCCCCUCCUGACCACGCCAUUCCCUCCUGGUGGCCCCCUGGUGCUGCCAGCUUUCUCCAGGACUCCGCUGGUGGCAGGAGAGGCUGGCCUUGGCGCCAAUGGGACUGGGACCUGCAAUGUCACUGUGCAGGUCAGGUCAGAACAGGGGUGCUCCGUGACCCCCCAGACUCAGACCAUCGUCCUCACUCCGGCCCCCCUCAGCUGGAGUGCUCCAGGGGCCCUCGGUGGGGGUGCUGCGUGUCCCGCACCCAUCUUCGUGACAGCCUCUGCGGUGGAGACCAGCAUGCCUGCCUCGGCCCGUGGGGGCUCCCAGGCCGGCAAGGGAGGCUUGGCCCCAAGCCUUCCACCUCCGGCUCAGCCCCCAGUCACGCAGCUGACCACCGUCGUGCCCCCAGUCAACGCCAGGCCACAGCCUCACGGAGCUUCCAGGAGCCGGACCACGGCCUCGCCCCAGGACUCCAGUAACCCCAAGAGUGUUUACGAGAACUUCCGGCGCUGGCAGCGCUUCAAGUCGCUGGCCCGGAGGCACCUCCCGCAGAGCCCCGACGCAGAAGCUCUCUCCUGCUUUCUCAUCCCGGUGCUGCGGUCCCUGGCGCGCCUGAAGCCCACGAUGACGCUGGAAGAGGGAGUGCGGCGGGCCGUGCAGGAGUGGCAGAGCAAAAGCAACUUUGACCGCUUCAUCUACUACGAGAUGGCGGGAAAGUUCAUGGAAUUCGAGAUGGAGGAGGAGAUGCAGAUGCGGAAGUUACAGUGGGUGAAGGUGGCCCAGGGCCUGCCUCCCCCAGCGCCCCCGAAGCCUGAACGGCGGGGGCCCCCAGCCGCGGAAGCGGGCCCGCAGCCAGGUAAGGCCCCCACAUCCCCACGACCGCUGGUAGACCAUGGCUGUGGGGGCCGGGGGAAGGCCUCUGUCCCUGGCAGCCCCCAGGGACAUCAGUGUCCCCCUAACACUGCCCUCCCGAUGCUCUGCCCGAGCCCCUCACGCCUCCUCCCUCCUUCUCGCUCUGCCUCAGCGUGCGUUCCCAGGAAGGCGGGUUCCAGGGCCCAGCCCUCCCGCCUGCAGCCACACCGACCCCCGCGGCGCCGGCAGACCAAGGCGCCCAAGGAGAUCCCUCCAGAGGCUGUGAGAGAGUACGUGGACAUCAUGGAGGGGCUGCUGGGGCCUGGCCGCUCAGCCCCGGGGGGCCCGGCAGGUGAAUGGGGAGAGGACGGAAAGGAGCCACAGCAGGACGAGGCCGCGACCUACCCGGACCCGGGUCUCCUGAGCUACAUUGACGAGCUGUGUUCCCAGGAAGACUUCAUCACCAAGGUGGAGGCAGUCAUCCACCCCAGCUUCCUGGCGGAACUGCUGUCCUCGGAACCACAGCUGGACCUCCUGGCCCUGGCUGAGAAACUGGAGCAGGAGGAAGGGCUCAGCCUUGCAGAGCUGGUGGAGAAAAGACUGGCGGCCUUGAAUACGGAGGAGGGUGUGCAGGCACCGCCACGUCUCUGCGCGGCCCGAUCGGGCCCCAGUGCUGAGCACGAGACUGGUCCCGGGAAGGGGCUGAGGGUCAGCGACAAAGCCUGCCCAGCAGACACCGACGGCCAGGACCCUCAGAGGCACGGCCGAGCACAGACACACCUGUCGGGGCCCAGAGCCUUUGCUCUCUGUCCCGGACGACAGGAGGCCCCUGCACCCAGGGCCCGACAGGUCCCCGCCCCUCCUCAGGGUCAAAGGUGCGCCGCCCCUGUACCGGGCCCCAGGGAUGCCCCGCUUCUCAGAGAGGCCCCUCCUGCUAGGGACACUCGAGGGCUGGUGGAUGGGUCCAGUGAGGACGAGGAGGAGCUCCCCAGCCUGGCCUUCCUCCUGGCCUCUCAGCACAGGCUGCUGCCCUGGAGGCUCUCCCAGAGUCCCGCCCCUGCCUCAGUCAUCCCCAGCCCUGGCGGUUGGGGGCCGCAGGGGGCUCCACGGGCCCCCUCUCCUCAGAGAAUAGGCCUCGGCCCGGCCACCGACCCAGCUACAAAGUCCAGGAAGCGGGCUCUGUGUGAGGGUCCUGCCUCUGUGGCAAAGAUGCCCCUGCCUGGGGCCAACCUCAGGGUGUCUGGGAGGCCGGCCUUGGCUGUGGGGCUGGUUCACCCCUCACAGCCUGCAAAGAGAAGGCGUGACUCCUUGGUCACAGGGAGGAGAAGGAAUCGUCACUGCAGCCAGUAGGGAGAAGUGGGCCUGCGCUCCAGGGCCGGCACACCCCGGGGCCCCCCAAGGAGCCUAGGGGGUCCUUCUCAUCCUGGUGCUGAUCCUGCCUGUGGGAGGGAGGGGGGGAGGGAGGGAGG